CGAAUCCCGGCUUACAGCAGAGAUCCAUAAUUAAUCCCUUACGGUAACCACGUCAACAUUGAGCCAUUAUGGCGGGGCGAGUUCGUCAUCCCAUCGACAUCAGGGCCCUCGAGUCAUGGCUGGCCCAAAAGGUGCCUGAUAUCGAGGCGCCGCUGGAUAUCAAGCAGUUUGGCUUUGGUCAAUCCAACCCGACGUACCAAUUGACUGCCGCCGACGGCAGGAAAUAUGUCCUCCGCAAGAAGCCCCCAGGAAAACUGGUGUCCAAGACCGCCCACAAGGUCGAGCGCGAAUACCGCAUCCUGACUGCCCUCUCCGACACCGACGUGCCCGUACCCAGGACCUACUGCCUGUGCGAGGAUGAGUCCGUCAUCGGCACCCCCUUUUACAUCAUGUCCUUCCUCGAUGGCCGCAUUUUCGAGGAUCCUAUAAUACCCAACGUGCUCCCCGACCAGCGCCGCGCCAUCUGGAGCGAUGCUGUCCGCGUCCUAGCCAAGUUGCAUCGCAUCGAUCCCAGGAGCGUCGGUCUGGAAGAGUUCGGCAAGCCUUAUGGCUUCUACAGCCGUCAGGUGGACACCUGGAAGACCAUCUGCACCGCGCAGGCCAAGGUCGAGGAUGUCGAUACGGGCGAGCCCGUCGGCCAGUUGCCCUUCUUCGAGGAAAUGAUGCAGUACUUUGCCGAUGUGAGGCAGCAGCCGGCCGAUAGGGCGACCUUGAUUCAUGGCGACUUCAAGAUUGACAAUCUUGUUUUCCACAAGACGGAGCCGAGGGUGAUCGGUAUUCUAGACUGGGAAAUGUCCACAAUCGGCCACCCCCUCUCCGACCUCUCUAAUCUUCUCACGCCCUUUUACACCGCCCGCCUCGACCCUCGGCAAUCCAUCAAUGUGCACCCUGGAUUCCUCCCGCGUGCCACGCGCGGCCUCCCGCCUGUCGAUGAGAUUACCGAGCUCUAUUUCAACGUGACCAGCCCAGUGGGGCGGUCAACCUUCGAAAUCUCGCUGCACCGACAGGCGUCACCUGCUGAGGAGCUCGAGCGCCGGCGCGAGCUCGCGUGGGCCCAGGCCUUCAACAUCUUCCGGCUGUCCGCCAUCUGCCAAGGCAUUGCGGCGCGCGUGGCGAGCAGGCAGGCGAGCAGUGCGCAGGCGAAGAGGUAUGCUGAUGCGCGAGAUCCGAUGGCGAGAUUUGCAUGGAAGUUGUGUCAGGAUGUGGAGGAGAAGAGUCCUAGGCCGAGGAUAUAAUCUGUAAUCUAUUUUAGUAGUCCUGCUGGCUUUGGAUUGUUUUAGUUUCGGGCCUCAUCGGUCAUAUUUUGGAUCACUUCAGGGGUUUGGAGUCCAUUAGCCAGUCAGUCAGCAAGCUAGCCCGAGUAUAUAGUCCACUUUUGUCUAGCAAAGUCAAAC